UAAAUUGACAUCAUUGCAGGGGUUUCGAUGUAAAAGCCUCAGCGUAAAUCGUUAUAGGGCAGAAGAAAUGCGAUGGUGCCCCCCACCUCUCCAUCUGCAGCACUGUGGCUGUCCCGAGUGGAGAAGUCACAGCGAAUGAACGAGGAUACCGCAGAGUGUUUGGUGGGAGGGGAGCGAGACCAAUUUCUGCAGAAAUCAGGGGUGGAGGAAGGAGAAAGCUCGUGCAGUUUGGAUAGAUACCGGCUUUAGGGAUGUAGUCGAUGCGGAUUGAGCUCUGUCCGUCCGAGCUCUCAAGAAUGAAGAAACAUUCGGCCCGGGUCGCGCCGCUGUCCGCCUGCAACAGUCCGGUGCUCACCCUGACCAAAGUGAGAGUGGCGUAGGCCUGUUUACAGCCAAAUUGCAUCUACGAUUACUAAAGACUGAAAAUAAACAGGAGAGGACCGGCCGCGGGAGAACACCCCCAGCAUGGCCGAUGGACAGGCGAUGGUGGGCGGAGCAGGGGCGGAGUCAGGUGUGGGGAGGCAGAGGUUACGCUGUUGUGUGCGAGUGACAGCCGUCCAGGUGCGAAAAGCAAUGUGGGGCGUGGCCAUGGUGAUAUGCGUGUGCACGUCUUGGGCCGGCUCCACCCAGCUGGCUAAACUGACCUUCAAGCAGUACGAUGCACCGUUUACUCUCACGUGGUUCGCCACGACGUGGAACUGCCUCUUCUUUCCUCUGUAUUACAUUGGCCACUGGUGCAAAAACCCAGAAAAACAAUCACCUAAACAGAGAUUCAGAGAGUGCUGCCGGUUCUUUGGGGACGACGGACUGACAGCGAAGGUCUUCUUCAGUAAGCUUGCACCUUUUGGGCUGCUGUGGAUUCUGACAAACUAUCUGUACCUGCAGGCUCUGAGAAAGAUAAACACCACUGAUGUAUCAGCUCUCUUCUGCUGUAACAAAGCCUUUGUUUUUCUCCUCUCCUGGAUCGUGCUGCGGGAUCGCUUCAUGGGCGUCCGGAUUGUUGCUGCCAUUCUGGCCAUAGCAGGAAUUGUGAUGUUGACGUAUGCCGAUGGGUUUCACAGUCAUUCGGUUAUAGGAAUCACACUGGUAGUGGCUUCAGCGUCUGCAUCCGCUCUCUACAAGGUGCUUUUCAAGCUUGUCCUGGGAAGUGCAAAGUUUGGAGAAGCAGCUUUGUUUUUGACUAUUGUCGGAUGUGCAAACUUUGUCUUUUUAGGUUUUGUGCCAGUUAUCCUUUACUUCACACAUGUUGAAUAUUUCACAUCCGUAGGUGAGCUCCCGUGGGCUUACCUGUGUGGAGUAGCUGGACUAAUAUUAGCAUUUAAUAUUCUGGUGAACUUUGGAAUUGCCAUUACAUAUCCAACACUGAUUUCACUUGGCAUUGUUCUCAGUGUCCCUGUCAAUGCAAUGGUGGACCUCUACACUUGUGAUAUCCACUUCAAUACAGUGCGACUCAUUGCCGUCUUUAUCAUCUGUCUGGGUUUCCUGAUGCUGUUGUUACCUGAAGACUGGGAUCAAUGUCUUAUCGAGCUCGCCGCCAAACUCAAAAAGCGCGAACAGCCCGUUGAGGUCCCCGAGACUGGACCCGGUUCAGGACUCAACUGGACUCGACGAGCCAGGACCUCCAUGUCUACAUUUUCUCACUGACAGACGCUUCUGUCGUAUCUGAGUGACGUUAAGAAGAAGUUCAUCUGAUCCUCUUCAUCCAAGUUUUUAGACGUGGCUAUAUGACACAUAUCAUUUGAAGUUCUCCCUGUUGUCAGUGGAUAUCAACAGUGACUUUGGUCCAUUGUGGGAAACUCAAGAGAGCUGGAUUAAUAUGACUGCAAUAUAAAACCCCUGCAGACCUGGAGAAGGUUUUGAUUCCUUUUGGAGCUUCAUGUCUGCCCAUCCAAAAAAAAAAUAUUUUUAAAUUUACGUCAUGCAAUGGCAUCUUAGUGCCACAUUAAAAUGUAAAGUAAGUUACACGAUUGUAGGAAGUUACACGCAAGUCAAUGGGUCUCAUUUACUAAUAAUUGCGUACGUUUUUCGUAUUUAUACGCACACUUGAACUUCUCAUGAAACUGAGCUGCCACAUGCACAGGGUUGGUAAUUUGCAUAAAACACGCCCAAUCUAGCUCCAUAUAAGGGCUUUUCGCAUUGCAGGUCCACAGAAAAUUUUUUAGCAGUUUGUCACCAAAGCAAAAGAACUAAAAAAGAAAUCCAUGAUCGUAUUUUUUUUUCGUUUUUUUUUGUAAUAUCGGUAUGUUUUGCUUUGCAUUUUUGAUUUGGGGUUUUUGCUGUUGCUGGAGGAAGCCAGAUGUGCUUUGUGUCCAACGAAGUAACAUAAAAGAAUAACAAAGACAUUUAUUAAUAUGACAUUUAAUUAAUAUUAUAUGGGCAUCUGUAUCUAAAAUAAAAUGGACAGAGAUCAAGUGAUUGACGUUUGGGCUUCUCAUUACAUUUAAAUAACGUUUACAUUAGACAAUAAGCAAACUUUUUUAUAAAGAUUUAAAAAAGUGAGAAAGAAAAUUUGAAAAUAAUUAGGCUAUAAUAAUAAUGUAUAAUAUCCUGUAUAUAAUAAUAAUAUAGAUAAUGAAUUUAAUAAUAGACAAUAUUGAAAAUAUUAUAAUAUAAUUAUGUAAAUGUUAUAUGUCAACAUUAUUAUGUACAUUAUAAUUAUAGCCUAGUAUUUUAUUUAGCGUAUGUGAUUAUUGCGUAUUUAUGGUAUUUGUUUUGUUCUUGAAUUUUUUCAUACAUUUAGAAGAAAUCUUGAUACGAAACAUUUUGUUGAAUCAUGAUUUGUUCAUGAAAACGUCAACAAAUUUGUGCAUACGCAUGCUUAGUAAAUGAGACCCAUUGUUUUGGAAAUAUUUUCAUUCUAGUACUUUUAUGAGAUUAAAGUCCUCACACUUUGGAGAAUAAAGUCAUAACAUUACAAAACUUUAUUUUUAUAACAUUGCAAUAUUUUCGUGAACGCUUUUUUAUUUUAUCAUAUAAUUUAUUUUGACUUUGUCUUUCAUGGAACAUCCAAACUCCUGAAUAUUGUUUUGGUUGCUCUUCAAUGACGUUAUAAUGCAAGCGGACCAGAGCUUUGCUUUUCAGAGCCGUAUUUCAGCAGUCCAUAUUAUUGCAGCCAUACUGUAGCUUUGUGUUAUACACAGUGUCAUUUGAAUUGAAAAGCAAUUUCUUCUUUUGUUUUCCAUACGAGAAAGAUCAUACAGAUGGAGAAUGACACAAAGUUAGUAUUGCUUUUUUCAGCGAAUAAUUUUUUCAUUAAAGACUCUUACUGGCAUCACCGCCAGUGCCCAUUAGACUAUGUGCCAAACAUGAAUAUCUUGUGUUAAACUGUAUCUACCUUCCUGAAGGCCAAAGGAUCCCAAACUGUGAAACUCAUGUUGGUUAUCGGCAACAUCUUGGGUUACCUACAGGGGGCGCCAGCAUUACAAACUGUGCACGCAGAAGAAGAUUCCUCUUCAGAUCCAUUGCAGUUUUUCUGAAUCACAUGUUAAUCACUGUGAGGGUACUUCAGGGUCAGUAUUGGCGAGAGAAGAGACUUUCAUCAAUCAUGUAACCGUCAAUGGGACCUCGUGUGUCCUUUGAAUGUAUGACCGGUACUGAAACGGCACUUUUACAUGCAUAACAUACACAACCUGCACUCAUUUUUCUCAAAAAUGUUUUGUAUUUCUCAAACUUACAGACUGAAUAUGAUCAGCAGGAAACCGCAUGGAAAAUUUUGAAAAUAAAUGCUUCACUGCCUUUGAUUUGCAAUAGGAUCUCAUCAGCACUGUUUCCCAUUGUCAUUGUUAAGAUGACAAUAAAUAUGAUAUUGUAUUCCUCUGGAAUUAUUGCUAGACAUUAUUGUAAACCUUUGUAAGGAAUGAUUUUUACACUGAAAUGCAUUAUGAUCACAUUUGAGGCAAAAUGACGUCGAAACAAAUAAAUGAAAAUUCCAUUUAAUAA